AGGCCCAACAUGAAUCAAGGAAGGGACGAUUCUUCAGACUUAGAGAUAGGGGAGAUGAUGGCCAGUGCUCAAAGCUCUUUGAAUACUGUGACAAGAAUCAGGGAUAAAGUGGACAAUCUUAAUGGAGACGACUACAAUGCUGCUGUGGCUACUUGA